AUGUCUUCAGGUCAAGUCCACGUAGUCAAAGCCGCCGACAUCCAGACCUCUUCCAGCGGCCAAACGGAUGGCAUGACCCGUAUGCCAGCCAUAACAAAGCUCGCUUCAAUCUGCAGCUCCAUCAUGCUGGCCGACCCCCACUCUGCCUCUGCAGUCCACCACCACGGCGCUCAAGACACCAUCGUCUAUGCCGUGCGAGGUCAAGGCGCUGUAGUCAGCGAAGGCGGCAAGAAGCGACAGGUGCUUAAGCAAGGAGACUUUGCCUUGAUCCCUGCGUACCAAGAACAUCAGGAAGUCAACGAUGGAGAUGAGGAGGUCGAGUGGGUGAUUGUGAGGAGUGGGGGUGAGCCUGAAGUUGUUAACCUUGAGGGUUGGGGGGAGAGUUAG